AUGUCUGGCGACGUAACUGACGAAGAAUACGAUUUCGAUGAUGAAAUCUCGUUUGAAUACGAAGAUGACGAUGAUAUGUUUGAAAUGGAAGAUGCGGAAAAUGAGAAUAUGUUCUCCAAAGCAAGCACCGCCGAUGAGAAGUCUCCUUCUAAUCUGAACUCUGCCGGAGUUGUUGGUAUGACCAGCAGUAAGGACUCUGCCUUAUUCUCAAUUUCUAACAAUGACAAUAUUAAGAGAGACUUGUACUCCUACAACUGUUUUACUACCCUCCAGUUUUUCCAAAAAGUAUUGGUGGGCCAAGCCAAAGAUAUCUCUCAAAUUUUGAAUUUAUCAGUCAAUCAGGUGCUAUAUCUAUUACUAUAUUUCAAUUGGAAUUCAGAAAAGCUCAUGGAAAAAUAUAUGGAUCAAUAUGAUAAGUUAUUGGUGGAAACAGGAAUCACAAAGUUUAAUGAAGAUAAGAACCAGAAUCCAAAUGACACCCUUGGUGUUUUGCGAUACCAGAAAGAUGAUUGGUAUUGUCCAGUUUGUUGUGAGGAUGCAGUUACCGGGGAGAAGCAGUUUUCAUUACGAUGCGGUCAUUCCUUUUGUGAAAAGUGCUAUCAACGAUAUGUUACUGGGGAAAUUUUAAAGGGAACCUUAGUUCGAUGCCCCGAAUAUAAAUGUCCAGUGGCAUUGCAACUUGAAGAUUUUGAUACUUUGUUCCAUGAAAACCCCAAUGUUUUGAGAGAUAAGAUGCCUCUGAAGCAAAAAAAAUCAAAGCAAAAGACUAACAAAAAAAAGAGAAAAUUGAGACGCUUUCAUCCAGUAUCAUUCGGUGUUUUUGUUGGCGAUCAUACUGAUUCUGAAGAUUCGAAUUCUUCCGAUGAGGACGAAAAUGACAAUACUUCAAACCGCUCAGAAGACGAUAGAGAUCAAGGGAUGGUUGAGAAUAACUUCUAUGAGGAAGAUGAUGAAAGUGACAGAGAGGGAUUUAUCGAACUUGUGAAGGAACAAAGCAAUAUACUAAAUUAUUCUGUUAAAGUGGAUUACAUAAAACAGAUAGCGAAGAAAUACAUUGAAGCACACAAGAAUCUACAUUGGUGCCCGGCUCCAGAUUGCCCCGCAUUGAUUCAAGUGAAUGAUUAUAUUCCAAGCAAAGAGGAAUUGGCAACCAAAAUCACCCAUUUGCCCAUUGUUUCAUGUUUACAAAGUCAUACAUUUUGCCUCAAUUGUAAUUAUGAAAAUCAUUAUCCAGUGCCCUGCAGUGUCGUUGAAAGAUGGGUACAGAAGUGCUCUAAUGAUUCGGAAACCGCCAAUUGGAUUAAUCUUAACACUAAACAAUGUACAAAGUGUGAGAAUCCAAUUGAGAAGAAUGGUGGAUGCAACCAUAUGACAUGCAGUAAAUGUGGGUUUGAAUUUUGCUGGAUUUGUUCGGGUCCUUGGAAGUCUCAUGGUAGUCAAUAUUAUAGCUGUAACAGAUUCGAUGACGCUGAGUCUGUUCAGGCAAGAGACAAGAACAAUAAUCUUAAGAAAAACUAUAAAAAAUACUUGCACUUUUUCGACAGAUUUCAGGCCCAUCAAGUCUCUAUUAACAAAGAUUGCAAAGUUUAUGAGAAAAUCUCUGAUAAAAUCAAGUCUCUACAAAAAAGCCAGGGAAUCAGUUGGAUGGAAGGUCAAUUUUUGAAGAAUUCUAUCUCAACUUUGGUCAAGGCAAGAUCAACAUUGCAAUGGUCGUAUGUGUUUUCUUAUUAUUUGAAGGAUAAUAAGACCAAUUCUGCGUUAAUCUUUGAAGAAAACCAAACGAGUUUGAGCAAUGCCGUUGAAGAUUUGUCUCAACUAUUCAAUAUUCGAAAUGCCCAAAAAAUCAUUGCCCAAAGAGUUCAAUUCAUUCAGAAACAACGGUUCUGUGUAUCGAGACAGUUGAGUUUAAUUAGCUGUGUUGAAGAAGGGCUAUCAAAUGGUUCUUUUGCUUUUGAUGUCAACAUUGAUGAUGACAAUAUUUCCCAAGUUAAGAGGAAAAAAGACAAGAAGUAA